CACCGGCACCAGCUAAAAGGGCCCCUAUACAAUUAUAGACAUCGGAGUUCGGACACACCGUACAACAACAGUUACAGCAACCGCCGAGAAACCACAUUGACUAGAACAUAGGUACGAAUCGUUUGGAAAAAAAAGUAUACAAAAUUUCCCGAUGGGCGUAAUAUGGAGUCGACCGGCAGACUUGCCAGCUUUGCCAGCUCCGGAAGCUAUUAUUGAACAGAUGAGUGAAAUAACUCCAACGGAGCCCGAUCUAAAAAAUCCUGAUGAAUUUGAUACAUAUAUAACCAGUAUAAGAGAACGGCGCCAUGACGCUCUAUCGGCAAUCAAAGCUGAGAUGAAUCGGUUGAGAGCGUGCAAGGAAGAGUUGGAAAUGGUAAACAAAGAGAAGACAGGGUUAGAGCAACAAGUCAAAGCACUCAAACAAGUGGCUAAUAUAAGCAACGAUAUGCUGAAAAUCAGAGAAGCUCAGGUGACGGAUUUGAAAAAACGGUUGCAAGAUAUGGAGUCACAUGCGGACGAAUGCUUGUCGGACUUGCGAGUGGAGUAUCAGAAACAGAUAGACAACAUAAGGAAUUUGCGUCAACUUUAUGAAGAAAGAGCGGAAGCGGCCGCCGUGGGACACGAGCGUGAAAUGAGCAAGGAAAGAGCUAAAAACACCGCGUUAGAGGCCAAAUUGGCCGAAGAACUCAACAGCAAGCAGGGCAUGAAUGAUUUUAUCGUUAAACUGGAAACGGAAGUACAAGGAAAACAAGUCGAGUACGAACAAAUGAAAGCCAAGUACAUGACCACAUCGGCGGACAGGAUGAGUUUGGCUUCACAAAUGUCUUUGGUUAACAAUUUGUUUUCUACGCUACUAUCCGGUGACGAGGGUCCAGAUUUUGAUCGGUUCGCUCGUAUGUUGGAGGAAAACAGAGAACUAAUAUCAGAUUUGACUUUUAACGGCGACAUCAAUGAAACAGCCUCCGUUUUAAUGGACAUUGCCGGUGACACGUUGGAACGUUCGGAACAAGCCGAAUGCACUUCGAGUCGCGAAAAAAUAGCUUCAAACUUACCCAAAGUUUGGAGGAUAUUAGUGGAGUUGCUUAGCCAUUACGACGAGAAAACCGCCGAAGACAACUCAAAACCAGAAGACAGAAUUGGAUCUCAUGUCGCCUCGGUGAGCAGAACGUUUUUGAAGUUAAAAGAUUUGAUUUUAGAGAAAAACGCUCUGGUCAAAGACAUUGGACGACUGAAAACGCUCAACGAUCAUCUCGAAUCUAGACUCGAUCAUCAACAACAAAGGCUUGCCGAUGUAACUACCGAAUUAAAUAAAGCGUGGAACGCCGUUUCCAAGCUGAAUGAUCAACACAGGAAGCUGCACACCCACGAACAGAUUCUUAGAUACGAACUGCAGCACAAGAGAAACGUACUGACCGAGUUGAAGAAGGAACUGGAAUAUUGUAAAGAGAAAUGGGACGAAGCCAGAGUGAAAAACACACAGACGGAACAAGAUUGGCAGGUUUUGCGUGAGGAGUUCGCCCGUCGUAAAUGCAGCACUUCGGUUGAGAGUGGAUUCGACGAAGACGACGACAGCCGCGUUGCCAUUGCCGACAGUAGUUGCAGUAGUGACGACGAUGAGAAUUGGCUCAAAUCAUUGUCCAUGGACACGCCCGUGGAAUCGGAUUCCGUGGACGAAACUCAAACAUCUUCGAAAACGAGUGGUCUCAAAAGACUAGAAGAACAAAACAGGUCGUUACUCAGCCAGAUGGUUCGCACAUCUCGAACCAGUGAUUCCAUCAAUGAACGGUUAAACGAGUUACACCGCCAAUAUGGCCGCUCAAGUCGUCCAGUCUCAUUGGACAACGAAGAGACGGCACCAUCGGAGACGGAAACUCAAAUGCCUGAAGUCAGUUCUUCGGAAUCAAUUAUAGUGUCACCAAACGACGAAAACAUAACUGCAGAAGUAGUUUUAGAAGUUCAACGACCUAGCACCGAGGAAAGACUUCAAGAAAGCGCGGAUGUUCCGUGUGCUGACCCAACAGAGAGGCUUCAGCAGGACUCACCAAUAUCACAGUCUGAAGAAAGUGUAGACCGACUAUCACAAGAUAGUGAUGUGUUACGACCGAACGAAGCGGAGAGAUUGCAACGAAGAGCGGCUAGAUUGAAAAGAUUAGAAGAACAAUGCUUAGGGUUGUUCAGACAGGUCAGCGAAACGAACGCCAGAAGCGAUGAGAUCUCUGAAAGAUUGGACGAAGUCCACGCCAGGCAAGUAGCCAGAUCCAUCGAACGGCAAUCGUCGAUCACCAACGCGGCCCAAGUUACAACGGCAGAAGACUCGUCUGAAAGUGUAUGACUUAUAGUUCUAUUAAAAAAAAAGACAAAAUUGAAUCAAACGGUACUACGUCUGAGUUUUAUUACGUUUUUUUUUUAAUAUUUAUAUAUAUAAUCGAAAACUACAGAAAUGACAGCCGUCGUCUUACAUGUGAUAAUAUAAUAUAUUAUUAUUUUGAAAACUUACAAGAAGAUUAUAAUUGCGCACAAACUUUUCCGAAACACAUCUAUAUUUAAUACUAUACUACAAUAUACUAUAAUAAUAUGAUAUAAUAUUAUUUCACUAUGCUAUAUUAGCAGUAAGUAUAAUAUAAUACUCAAGUACAAUACCAUAAAAUAAUAAUUAUUGUGCCACUACUGCUACUGUUAU